ACGCCGAAUGGUAUCCAAUGAUAGUCAUUGUAAUCGAUCGGAUCAGAUCAGACCAGAAGAUGGUCUUUUCCGGUCCUUUCAUUGAUCAUACGGUGUUCCUGGAUUUCUCUCACCAAUAAGAAUCUAGCACAGCGGAGAGAGGAAAGCCAGUCUUUCACAUGUCACGCCACUGCCCGCUCUUGGCCCCUUUCCAAUAAAAACACUUAAGAGGAGGGGAAAAAUAUGCACCGUGCUUCUCACCAAUUCCCUCGAUUCCAUCGAUUUUGCUGACCGAAUUCCCUCCGCACCAUGGCUACCGCUCCGAUCAACGGCCAUGCCACCAAAUCUCCCUCCUUAGAUACGGCCGAAGCCCGCCGACUCAAACACAACCAUGCCGAUGUCGUGAUUAUAGGUGCAGGAAUUCUGGGCUGCGCGCUGGCAGUCGCAUUAGGACGACAGGGGCGGAGUGUCAUUCUCCUGGAAGCCUCAUUGAAAGAGCCAGAUCGCAUUGUGGGCGAAUUGUUACAGCCUGGCGGUGUACAAGCUUUGGAGAAGCUCGGUCUCCGCGAGUGUCUGGAGGGCAUAGACUCGAUUCCCGUGGAGGGCUAUUAUGUUUCGUAUUUCAAAGACCCCGUGACAAUCCCCUACCCGAAGCCUACGCCCACGGCGCCCCCGCCGGAGGGCCGCUGCUUUCACCACGGCCGGUUUGUGAUGAAGCUGCGCGAGGCCGCCAUGGCAUGCCCCAAUGUCAGUGUUGUUGAGACCAAGGCGACGGACCUGGUCACUUGCUCGCACACCCAGCAGGUUCUCGGUGUCGAGUGCACGUCCAAGGAUAAUGUCCGCGCUUGCUACUUUGGCCACCUCACCGUCGUUGCUGAUGGCUACGCCUCCAAAUUCCGCAAGCAACAUCACCCGCAUACCCCCAAGGUUCGCUCGAGGUUCUGGGGUCUCGAGCUGAUCGAUACGAACCUCCCGAAGCCUUACUAUGGGCAUGUUUUGCUGAGCGAUAAUGCCCCGAUCCUCCUGUACCAGAUCGGCACACACGAGACCCGCAUCCUCGUUGACAUUCCCGAAAACCUCCCAUCAGCGUCCGUCAAGAAUGGUGGUGUGAAGAGCCACAUGCGCAACGUCGUCCUCCCUGCCCUUCCUGAAUCCGUGCAGCCAGCCUUCAUUGCCGCCUUGGAACAAGGCCAGCUGCGAUCUAUGCCGAACUCCUUCCUCCCCGCCGCGACGAACAAGACUCCGGGCCUGGUGAUACUCGGUGAUGCCCUGAACAUGCGACACCCAUUGACAGGAGGCGGAAUGACGGUCGCCUUCAAUGAUGUCGUGACGCUGCGCGAUCUCCUGAGCCCAGAGAAGGUCCCCAAUCUGGGCGACACGAAGCGAGUCGUGAAGCAGCUCUCGACCUUCCACUGGGAGAGAAAGAAGUCGGCUUCCGUCAUCAACAUCCUCGCACAAGCGCUAUACGCUCUAUUCGCCGCAAAUGCGCAGUUAAUUAACAUCGCAUCAACAGACCAAUACCUCCGAGCCCUCCAACGCGGCUGCUUCCGUUAUUUCCAGCUGGGACUCAUCGACGGCCCCGCAGGCCUCCUCGGCGGCCUCAUCAAAAAGCCCUCCGUCCUUUUCGUCCAUUUCUUCUCCGUCGCCAUCCUCUCCCUCUGGGUCCUCCUCCGCGAAUACCCACCCUACCUCUUCCCCGUCGCCCUCUUCAAAUGCAUCAUGACCUUCUGGACAGCCUGCGUCGUCAUCUUCCCAUACAUGCUAAUUGAGGCUUUCUGCUGAGCAACCCAUUUGAUAUCAUGAUUAGUAGACGCUAGCGGGACUCUGUCUUUCAGCACACCCGCGCUUCAUCUCCCUUCUUAUCCAUGUUUUCCUCUUAUGUUGAUAAGGAUUUCUAAUUCGGUUCGGAUUCGUCCAUCUUAUGUAAUUACUUAUUUACCUUAUGUCCUCAUACUUCUUUCUUGUGCUUUGACUCUCCGAC